CUUGCCGUUUACUUCCUUCUUUUCUUGUUGGUGAACAAAGAGGGAUUUUUUUUGGUUUGGGUUUUUUGGACCCUAGUUGUUUCUGGGAUCAAAUAUUGUUUUUCGGAUUUUGGAGCUUUGUUUCUUUCUGGGUCUAUCUUCGUUUUGGAACUUUUUUUGAGAUUUGGGAUUUGUGGCUUUGCUGACUCUGGAAUCUGGGCCUCUUUUGGAUUUUAAGGGCAUUUUUGAGUUGAUUUCCAUCUGGGAUUUUCGGUUUCGGCUGAACAAAGAAAAGGGGAUAAGAGAGAAAGUGGUGUGUUUUGUUGUGAAAUUCAGUUGAGAACUUAUCGAAAUGGAUAACUCGAAAAACCGGCAUGAUCACUUGGGUGUGAAUAAAAUGGGGAAGAACAUAAGGAAGAGUCCACUGCACCAACCCAACUAUAACAACAAUCCUGCUAGGCAACAACCUCAGCCUCAGGUUUACAACAUAAGUAAGAAUGAUUUCCGCAACAUUGUACAACAGCUAACCGGUUCGCCAUCACAAGAGCCUUUGCCUAGACCUCCACAAAACCCGCCCAAACCCCAGAGUAUGCGGCUGCAAAAGAUUCGGCCUCCGCCUUUAACACCGAUCAAUCGACCGCCCCUUAUUCCUCCUGCUCCUGUCCCGGUUGCCCCACCACCAGUUCCUUACAACAACUUUGUUAGGCCUGUUCAGUUUGGCGACUCGGCUUGGCCUAAUACAGCCGAAUCUCCCAUCACAGCUUACAUGAGAUACCUUCAGAAUUCCAUCAUGGAUCCAUCUCCUAGGGCAAACCAAGGCCAACCUCAUCCUUAUCCUUAUCCUCACCCUCAGCCACAUCCAUAUCCACAUCCACAACCACAACCUCCAGGUCAACCUCACGCUCAGCCACCGGGGUUACUUCCUAACCCCUCCAUGCCGCCUGCUUUCCCUUCCCAGAGAAUGACUGGGCCCGUGCCACCGCCUCUGCCACCACCAGUGCCUAAUUUGCCUUCGCCGCAAGCUGGCGGCCCAGCCAUUUUGCCUUCUCCAACUUCGCAGUUUCUACUGCCCUCCCCUACUGGUUAUUUCAAUUUGCUGUCGCCGCGUUCUCCUUACCUGUUGCUUUCCCCCGGGAUUCAGUUUCCUCCAAUGACCCCCAAUUUUUCAUUCAGCCCCAUGGCCCAAUCAGGGAUUUUAGGUCCAGGACCCCAACCGCCGCCUUCUCCUGGGCUUGGUUUUCCAUUGUCUCCUUCCGGGUUUUUUCCCAUCUCAAGUCCGAGAUGGAGGGAUCAAUAGUUGUCACCACAUUGCUAUGUCUUGGAGCUCUGUGCUUGCUUGUGAGCGCGGUUCAACUUCUUGAUACGAGCUCCUUCCGAGAAAAUAUGAAGCCAAGACUCAACUUGUGGAGUAAAUCUCGUUGGCUGUUACAGUCCAUUUCUUGUUCUUUUGUUUUUACUUUUUAUUUUGUUGACACCCAUAGUGCAGUUGUUUUGAACUGCGGACGUGGUUGGAGCCCGCUAUCCUAUAAUUUUCUUGUACAAGUUUCACAGUAGACAACGUAGUGAAGAUCAGACGACUCAUCUGGACAAUUGGACAGGAGCUGUAACAUGAAAGGAGGUAGGAUUACAGACAUCAAAGUACCUAGGUUUUCUGAUAGAGAAAUUCUUGUAUUUUUGCAUUAUGUUGUAUUAGUUCAUAGUUUGAAGUAAAUUUUUUCUUCAUAUAACUUGCUUGUGAAAGGAAUUGUCAUAGUAGAACUUGUUUUGUUCAGUGAAACAUUAUGUCAUUAUCUUGUUUGA